CAUUUGCAAGCUCUCCUCUCCAAACAUAGAACUCACUAAGCUACUAAACAACUAGUUUUCCCUUUUCCUAACUAAUCCCUAUUCUUUCAAAUUCUUCCAUUCAAGCCCCUUGAUUCUUCCCUAGAACAAGAAAAGAAGAAGAAGAACAGCAAGAUGAGCUGGACAGGAGGUGACUGGAUGUGUGCAGCAUGCCAACACCAGAACUUCAAGAAGAGGGAAGGCUGCCAGAGAUGUGGCUACCCGAAAUACGGAGGGCCUGACGUGGCAACAUACCUGUACAACAGGACAGAGGUGCUGGCAGGGGACUGGUAUUGCAUUGGCAUGAACUGUGGUGCACACAACUAUGCCAGCAGGACCAGCUGCUUCCGAUGUGGCUCGAUUAAGAACGACUAUGGCGCUGCUGCUGCUGCUGCUUAUGGGUCCGAUCCCAAUGCCCCUCCUGGAUGGAAGUCUGGUGAUUGGAUCUGUGCCAGGAUGGGUUGUGGAGCACAUAAUUUUGCUAGCAGGGGAGAGUGCUUCAAAUGCAGGACACCAAGGGAAUAUGGUGGUGCAAUGUAACCAGCAGAGGAACUUAGAUGUCUAAAAGCUUAACACCAGCGCAACAACUUCUUUUGGUCUCUUUUCUUCCUCUUCAUUUUGAAGGUUAAUAAGCAGUUUUAGGGUUAGGUUUUUGUUUAUGUUAAGCUCUUCUGGGGAAGGGUUCUUCUUCCUGUCUUUGUAACUCUUGUGAUGUAGUGGGUGCAUGGAGGGUAAUGUACUUACUGACUGUUACAGAAAAGAGAAGGAAAAUAAAAUUCUCAUUUGCUUCCCCAUUUUCCUCUCAUUUCCUAUUCUGCCACUUCCCCAUUGCCAAAAUGAUGUAUUCCCCAUCUCUUGGUUCAUAUGAGGAGGGUCCAAAGGAAUGUAAGUGAAGGACAGGGUAGUGGCACCCAAAGGUGAUGAGAUGGAACUGAUAAAUCAUGCAUGGGUUCUUGAUCAUCCACAUUGGACCACCAUUGGACAAUGUCAGAGAGCUCAUCUGAGUCCAAUCCCAGAAAUAUACAUGAACAUUCUAAGGGAAUUAGAUAAAUCUGUGCGGAUUUGGACCAAAUGGACAAUAUUGUACUGAUAGAACUAUUCGGUUACAACAAGC